AUGCAGAUCGAUAAUGGUGGAAAUGAUAUCUUCCAUUUGCACAACUCUGAUUAUCCGGGCAUGAUGCUUGUAAGUUCACCUCUCACAGGAAGAAAUUACUUGUCAUGGAGUAGAUCCAUGGUACUGGCUCUGAGAGCCAAAGAUAAGCUGGGUUUUGUAGAUGGGAGCUAUGAAGUUCCUGCUACAGAUGCUACAACUCUGGAUAAAUGGAAGAAAGUAGAUAGCAUGGUCACCUCAUGGAUACUCAACUCACUCUCAAAAGAAUUGGUGGAUGCCUUCAUCUAUGCAACCUCUUCUAAGAACCUGUGGGAAGAGAUUAAAGAGAGAUUUGGAGAAAGUAAUGGACCUCUCCUAUACCAGCUUAAAAGAGAGAUAAGUACUCUAACUCAAGAUAAUGCAUCUGUUUUAGUAUAUUUCACUAAACUUAAAAAAUUAUGGGAUGAAUUGGCUUGUCUUAAGCCUUUGCUAGUAUGUGAAUGUGGUACAGCCAAACAAAUGGAAGAAAUAAAUAGUGAAGAUAAACUUAUGCAAUUUUUAAUGGGAUUAAAUGAGACUUACGACCAUGUCAGAAACCAGAUCCUUCUAAUGGAUCCAUUGCCAAGUGUAAACAAGGCCUAUUCUAUGAUACUUAGAGUAGAAAAGCAGAGGGAAAUUCAUGUUGAUGCUGAGAAUUUUAAUACAGCAAUGGCAGUCAAGGGGCAAUUUCAGAAAGAUAAAUUUCAAGGCAAGAAAAAGGAGUUUAGGAAGAAAGAAACCAGAACAUGUGAUCAUUGCAAUGCCAGUGGUCAUACUAGAGACACAUGCUUCAAGCUACAUGGGUAUCCAGAAUGGUUUACUGAAUUAAAACAGAAAAAGGGCAAGGCUAAGCAAAACACAGUAGCUAAUGUGUAUGAGGAGAUACCUGAAUGCAAAGGCAAGACAGAUCACAAGAAUGAAGAAACAGGAGUUGAUUGGGCAAGCAUAGUCCAGCUUGAAAUUGCCAAAUACAUGCAGAAUCAGAAUCUUGUAACAAAUGAGGCAAGCUGUGUUAAUUUCACAGGCUUUGCAGGUAAGAAUCCAACUUACUACUCUACUAGCAGACAUGGUAAGAAUAGUGGUUUAUGGAUAGUUGAUUCAGGAGCAUCAACUCAUAUGUGUCAUGAUUUUUCCCUUUUCCAAAAACCUGUGAAAUUAAACAAUCACUGUCUUGUUACUUUGCCUGAUGGAAACACCAAACCAGUCAAAUACAGUGGAAACAUCAUGAUAAACCCAUACCUGACCCAGUGA